UGGAUCGCGAUUAUUGAUUUGGAUCUCUGAUCUAAAUCAUCUAAAAAGUUAUUUUUCAUAACCCUACAUUAACCUAAAAUUUCGUAUUUUGUAAAAGUGAUUGUUGACUGUAAAUACCAGAAUAAUUGGUUUUUUUUCACGUAUAUACUAAAAAAUAAAUUUGAUAUAAUUGCAAGAAUGCCAGCGAAAAGGGGUAAUACAUUAAUAUACAAAGGAAGCAAUUACUUGAGGCAAAGAUUAAUUCUUUCAGUCUUAAGUGGUAGGCCUGUUCAAAUAACUGAUAUACGGAUCCAAGAUGAAGAACCAGGUUUAAAAGAAUUCGAAGUCAAUUUAAUAAGAUUAUUAGAUAAAGUAACAAAUGGUACAAUAAUUGAAUUAAACGAAACAGGAACAUCAUUAUAUUUUCAACCAGGUCUAUUGUAUGGUGGUGCUAUUGAACAUGAUUGUUGUACAGAAAGAGGCAUAGGGUACUAUUUGGAAGCUCUAGUUAUGUUUGGCAUAUUUUGUAAACAGCCAUUAAAUGCCAAACUAAAAGGGGUAACUUCCAAUAAUAUUGACCCUUCGGUUGAUCUAAUAAAAACGUCUUUACUUCAAACAUUAAAAAAAUUUGUAUUAGACGAUGAUGAUUUGGAAUUAAAAAUUUGUAAAAGAGGUAUGAGACCAUUAGGAGGAGGUGAAGUGAUAUUCAGAUGUCCAGUAAGGAAACAGACAAGACCGGUACAGUUAUAUAAAAGUGGGAUGGUGAAAAGAAUUAGAGGAACAGCUUAUGCUUUAAGAGUAUCUCCGGCUAUGGCAAAUAGAAUAGUAGAAAAGGCUAAGGGAGUACUGUUGAAUUUUAUUCCUGAUGUUUACAUUAGCGUGGAUCAACGUAAUGGGAAACAGGCUGGAAAUAGUCCAGGAUUUGGAAUUCACUUAUUGGCUGAAACUAAUGAAGGGACAUUUUAUUCAGCAGAACAGGUGUCAAAUGUUGUAGCAAAUGGUGAGGAACCUUCUAUACCAGAAGAUCUAGGAAUUGCUGCUGCUCAAAGGUUAUUAUACGAAAUAUAUCUUGGAGGAGUAGUGGACUCGACAUCUCAAUCACUGGCAAUUUUAUGUAUGGCUUUAGGUGAUAAAGAUGUUUCAAAAUUAGUCACAGGUCCUCUAUCAGAUUAUUCGAUAUGGUUUUUAAGACAUUUGAGAGAUUUUCUUGGUGUUACCUUCAAAUUAGAACCUUUCGUAGAAGAUGAAGAGUAUAGUAAAAAUGGUUCAUCAUCAAAAGUUUUAUUAACUAGUAUAGGAAUCGGAUAUACCAAUAUAAGUAAAAGAACUCUUUAAUUUUGAUAAUUGAUCUUUUAAUUAUAUCACCUUCAUGUCGUAAAAUUAGCUCCAAAUUUUGUUUUUAGCUUCUGAGCAAUAUUUAAUUCCUUCAAAAUAAUACAAAAGGUCUUUUUUACAUAUAUACUCAUUAUAAAACUUUUCCACCUACCCCAUAGGUUACUCCUAUAAUUUUUUUCAAAUACAUUUUUUAAUUAUAUACAGGGAAAAUAUCAACAGGUUAUUUUUUGUUAAAUCAGUUAAUAUCACCAAUUUUCAUUGCAGUAGGUGUUUUCAUAAUUUUAAAUAAACGAAUAUUCCAUUUUCAUAAAAUAAAAUUAGUGCUCAAAUUGAUUGAUGAGUGAAUGAACAUAUUGUAAUCUAUUUCCUUCCCCGAUUAAUAUUUGUUUGGUCUAAAUGGUACAGAAAACAAUGACGAAUGAAGAUACUGGAAGAAAAUACUCGGAUACCAAAUAAUUAAAGUCUCCUGUAGCAUUCUAUUGAAAAUAUGGGUUAAAAAAAUCUUCUAUUGUCAAAUGUGUUGCUUUGGAUUGUUUGAGAUCAUUAUUGAUGGUUCAUAUGGUACCAAUUACUUUGAACUCUGCUCUAAUGUACCUUUAUCUUCCAUCUUUUUCAACCAUAUAUCUUUUAAUUGUCUUGAGGGUUGUUACAAGAACUAAAUCUGUAUAUAUUGUUUAGAUAUUAAAUAAUUCUGAUUUACUUUUACUAAUUAAGUAUCAAAUUACUCCGCAUCCUUUUCUUGGUGGAUUUUCAGUAGGAAACAAGCACGCCAAUAGUUACAUUCUUUCGGGCAUUGUAUUCUUGAAAAUUUUUGGUUGACUAUCAUCUUUUGUGACAUAAGAAAUUUUAUCUUUUGAGUUACACAUCUUAGAUUACCACACUAUUUCUUCAACAUUUUCAGGCCUGAUACUAAACUCUACUUCAUUACGUAGUGACAAUGUUUUCUUUGUUUGGAUUUUUAAAAAUUUAUAUUCCAAUCACCUUAUUUUUGUUUCACGAACAACAAAAAACAACUUAAAUCUAGAAAACAAAGUUUCACUAUAUUUCCACUUUCUCCACUUAAUGUUAAAAGUUGUUUCUCAAAAUGCACUAAUCACUAUCUUCAACCAAUAAGUUCACCAAAAGCUGUAUAUUCUUUUAAAGUUUUUAUUAUCGAUUUUAUUUAUUAAAAAAGAGUUAUUUCACUUCUUCACUUACAAUUGUUCUUACUACCUGGUUAUAUCUUGUUAAAAUUCACAUUAUACUCAGCAUUUAUUAGUUUUUAAAACAGUAGCUAUUUCACAUUUUACCACACUAUAUUGGUGAAUAAAAAUAUCAACUUAAUAUAUACAAGGUGAACCUGAAAUAAAUUAUAUGCAUCCAGUUAUAAUUUUUAAUACAAAUUGUUAUAAUUUUCACAAGAUAACCUUUCAAAACUUUUUACAUUCCUGGAUAAUUUUGAUGAUAUUUCAAGCUAAUUCUACAUUUAGGACACUAUCUGAAUCACAUUUUACAAAAAAAAAAAAGAAAAAAUCGGGUGUAUAUGUUUAUUUCAUAUGAAUUAAAAUUAAGUCUAUGCCAACUAGAUGAUGAGCGUUUACAUAGUGGAACCGUAGCAAAUUAAACACCAACCUGUAUAUAUUUCCGAGCUUUCAGAUACUUAUGUAUUCAACGUCUGGGAAUCAAGAAUUGCGGUGUGGUAAAUUUUGUAAUGUCUUUUAAUAUUUCUAUCAGGUUGAUGAAUCUAAUGUUAUUAUUAUAAAAUGUAUCACACCACAAUUCUUAACUAAUUGAUUCCCAGACGAUGAAUACAUAAGUAUUCGAAAGCUCGGAAUAUAUUAGAAUUAGUACACUUUGGUGUUAAAUUUUGCCACAACUCCACAACGAAAACGCUAAUAUAUGUAUGUAUAUAUGAGGAUUGAAUUAUUUCAGGUUAACCAUAAUUAUAAAAUUAUUAGUAAACUUAUCUAUCCAAGGAAUAUGUUUUUUUUUCAUGAAUGGCUAG